CAGCAACACAGCAAAGCACAACAACAAACAAACCCCUUCACCUCCAUCCACCACCACCCACACAUACAGCACAAGCAAGGCGGAUGCCUGCAGGCAAGCUUGAGCGAUGAGGAAGGGUGCGAUGGCAUCGCCAACAGGCGUGAUCUUGGCUGUGUUGGUGGCCUUGGCUGUGGCGCCGGCGGCAGUGGGCGCAACUUGCGCGACAAAGUGCCGGGAUGAAGGGCUCACAGACUCUGCGCUGAACACGUGCCUGGUCGCGUGCACAAGCGCCGUCGUCUCCCCAGACACCACCAACUGCACACGCGCGUGUGUGUCUGACGCCUGCCUGAGCGGCUGCCUUGCUGGAAGGUGCCUGGCCAACGAGACGUACUGUGGAUCCUCAGGCACAUCAAAUCAUACGGGGUCCAAUGAGGAUGGCACCAACAACACCAGCAAUGGCAACUCAGACAGCACCGGAAACGGCGGGCCAGAUGUGUGGCUCAUCACAGGGAGUGUCCUGCUUGCGCUCGGGGCAAUCGCGUGUGUUGUUGCCGUCAUGUAUGCAGUCCGCAUCAUCCGCAAGGCAUCGAGGGCUGAAGAGCAAGCGCGUGCAGAGAAGCAACGACACGCCGAGGAGCUCUUUGCCAUGGAGUGGGACUCAACCGAUACGUAUUCCACCAACCGCCUCCAGGGUGCUACACAAACAGACACUAGCAAUGCCAGCGAUAACACCGACAGCAACACCCACAGCAACACCAACAACACCAUUGAUGCCCGCAGCAGAGAUGACAGCUCCGAGGAUGCCAGCCACACCACUGCUGCGCGAAGCCACAACCACCGCGAUGUGGCGCAUGCACGGCACGCAAAGUCAAUAGCAAGUGCAAGUGGCGCAAGUGACGCCAGCCACCACAGCCGGCACAGCAACGCGCGCUCGGCGCCUUCGGCAGCGACAGUAACAGAUGACGGGAGCCAGUCAACGAUGCAUUCACCUUCACACAUGCGCUCACGGUCGGGCGGAUGCCGGGAAGAUGCUAUCCUCCAUCAGGGCCAGUAUCCCAGCCACGAUAGACAGCAAAGUCAAUCAGACACGCUGCAAUCCACCCAAGGGCCUGUACCCCAGGUCCAAUACUUAACGCUGAAGCACACGCGUGAUGAUGGCGCAUCGGGAGACUACGCCCGCCCCCUCACCAUGGCGACAGAGACCACCGACAAGACUGACUAUGCAGAGGUUGACCAUGUCAAGACGCAGGCGCUGGCCGCUGCCCUCGCGGAAUCGAACAGCCCGAGCCGCCACCCGACACACAGCAACGCGCCCUCGCACGCAGCGAACAUUGCCGUUCGGAACGAUGGCAGCGCUGGGCGCACAUACAGCAUCUCAUCCAGCACCGUGUGAGUUGGUGCAUGUGUGAGUUGGUGUAUGUGUGCGUGAGUUGGUGCAUGUGAGUUGGUGUAUGUGUGAGUUGGUGUAUGUGUGUGUGUGUCUCUCUGUGUGUCUGUGUGUGUGUGCCUGUCUCCUUGGCUGUGUGAGCCUGUGUUCCCUUGCUCGACCGCAUUGCAUUGGCUUUGAUGUGAAUAUGAAGCAAGAAUUGGCUGGUGCGUUGGCAUGCGCUGUGAAGCGAAAGGGUCCGUUAAAAGAUGUGUAUUGAGUGCCCCCAAUAAAGGACAACCACAAACAAC